AUGGUGCUAAAGUUCACACUAUCAGUAUUGCAUUGUUGUUUGCUUUUCAUACAUGUCUACGGUCAGUUGCUCGACAAUCGAUGCUACUUGGACGGCGGUGGCUCAGCGGUAAACUUCUUUGCCAACGAGGACAUUGCCGUCGGCUCGGUCGUUGGUAGUUUGCGAGUGCUGGGCGACCCGGGCAAGGACAUUGUGUUGACGUUGCGUGAAAAGGACUCGCCAGUGUAUAUUGCGCCCGGGACGAAGGAUCUGAUCGUUGCCAAACCGCUGGACAAGGAAGGUCUCAUCGGUCCGUCAGCCGUAUUUGUGAAUGUGAUCUGUGAGAGAAAAUUUUCCGAUGAUGCGGGGAUUAUCAUACCGGUCAACAUACGAGUUACGGAUGUUAACGAUAAUGCUCCGAUUUGGAUCGGUGCUCCGUAUAAGCUGAACCUUUCGGAGGUAACGGUUAUCGGGACGAGAAUACUACAAGGGAUUCGAGCGCACGAUCUCGACCAACCGGGCCCAUACUCGACGGUAGAGUACCAAACCUUGCCCGGGCCGUACUCCGAAUAUGUGGCCUUCGUAACACCGCUCGAAGGAACGCUCGUGCUGAAGAAAUAUAUCGACUACGAGACGGUGCAAAACUUCACCGUAAAGAUCCGCGCCCAGGAUCAGGGCAAACCGCCGAAGUAUUCCGACACGUACGUCACGAUCCGGGUGCUGGACUCGGACGAUCAAAAUCCAAAGUUUGCACGCGAUGUCUAUUACGGGCAGCUUCCGGACGAAAAGGGCGACAUUGCCGUUACACCCGAGCGAAUCCGGGCCGAGGAUCAGGAUCGGGGCAUUCGGGCAGACAUACGCUACUCGAUCGUAUCCUCGAACGGCUCGGAGGAUGACGGCGGGUUUGAAAUCCAUCCGAUCAGCGGAACCAUUCGGAUGACGCGUACCUUGGCAUCGGGGCAGGUGCCCCAUUCGCGUACGAUCGUAGUAAAAGCGACACAGGUGGACAACCCCGACCGUUACGCGCUGACCACGGUUGUUCUUUCGCCUCCGAAAGUAGCCGGAACUUCAUUAAGCGACAUCAGUGUUCAACAGCAGCAACAACAGCAACUGCCGGGCAAGAUCGAAGGGGCAGCAUUCGUCCGGGGAACGUUCUACGCUACGGUGCGGGAAGAUGCGAACCCUGGCGCGAAGAUCGCGCAGCUCCCAGGUGGCGGUGACGGUCGGCUGCGGUACACCAUCGUUGGACCCUCGGUAGCGCAGGAACAGUUUCGUGUGGGACCGGGCGGAGAGAUCGUCCUAGCGAAACCGCUAACCUACAGACGGACACCACAGUACGGUUUUACGGUUGACUCAAUCGAUGCGCCCGGAGGACGUAAUCACACCACGAACGUGGUAAUCGAUGUGCUGCCGGCAAACAUGUGGGAACCACGCUUCCGGAAACCUUUCUACUCCUUCGUAAUCGAGAGUCCACAGCACGCACAGCAACAACUGCCCCAGCUAGUAGGUCGGAUCGAGGCGGCCGACGGUGAUCGUACCGAUGAGCUGUCGUUCGUGCUGAAGGGUAACUACAGCAAUCUCUUUCGGGUGGAUCCGUACGGAAAUCUGUGGUUGGUUUCAAACCGAACUGACCUUCCGCUAGCGAUGCGCUUGCUGGCCACUGUCACCGACUCCGGUACGCCUCAGAAAUCUGCGACCGUUCCGGUGGUCGUGAAGUUGCGCCCGGAAACCGCUUCCCUUACGUCGAACCUUCUGAUAGUGAACAUUGUCGUUGCCUGUCUACUAGGAGUGUUGCUGGUCGGAGGAUUGGUACGCUGUGUGUACCGCCGCCGGAAGCGAAAGGUGUCGUCGGCCGAGCAAAUCGUGGGCCAUGCGUCGGGUGUUCCGCCCCUGAAGAACCAAGCCAGCUCGAAUCGAUUCCUGUUGCAACGAGCAGAGCAACGGAUGCUGGAACGACCGACCCUCAGUAGCGGUGGCCGGCUAACGGAUUGCGCCGCAUCUUCUACGCUGGGUAGCGACAAUCAGGACUUUAUGGACAACGAACGGGAAACCGCGAGACGCACACAUACCCAAAACACCCGUGCAUUGGAACAGGAGGAACUCGCGGGACAGAACCUCAAUCACUUGCUUCUGCAUUGGCAAGAAAAGUAUGAAGAAAAGAACAAUUGCACUGAAGAUAUGUCAGUGGACGAUAAGUUGAUCGUAUACUUUUAAGCAAACCCAACCCAGCGGCAUACUACAAACUGA